CGUGACGAUUGAAGAAACAUUCACAGUGAAACAUGAAGAAACUGAGGAACAAACAGCCCUAAUGGCAAUGAAAGAGGAGACAGAAGAACUUAAUGAAAUUGAAGAGAAAGAUCAACAUGAGAAUCUUCAUGAUUUCAUAACUGGAGAAAAACCUUUUCGGUGUUCGCAGACUGAAAAGACUUCCACGCAGAAAAAAGCUCAAAAGAGUUUCAGUCAACAAAGAAACCUUAAAGACCGCACAGGAAAGAGUUCUUUCACCUGCCAACUCUGUGGAAAAAAUUACAAUCAUAAAACAAGUCUUAACAGGCACAUGAAAAUUCACACUGGAGAAAAGCCUUACAUAUGCCAGCAGUGUGGGGAGAGUUUUGCUCAACGUGUAAACCUUAAAUUCCACAUGAGAAUUCACAGUGGAGAGAGUCCCUUCACCUGCCUAGACUGUGGAAAAGGUUUCAACAAAAAAGGACACCUUAAUCGCCACACAAAAAUUCACACUGGGGAGAAGCCUUACACCUGCCAACAGUGUGGAAAAAGUUUCACUUAUAAAGGAAGCCUUAACUGGCACAUGACUAUUCACACUGGAGAAAAGCCUUACGCAUGCCCUCAGUGUGGAAAAAGUUUCUAUCAACAUGGAAACCUUAAAGUCCACAUGAGAAUUCACAGUGGGGAGAACCCUUUUACCUGCCAACCAUGUGGAAAAAGUUUUAAUCGUAAAGAAAGUCUUGACAGGCAUAUACGAAUUCACACUGGAGAGAAGCCUUACAGAUGCCAACAUUGUGGAAAAAGUUUCCAUCAACUUGGAAACCUUACAGUCCACAUGAGAGUUCACACUAAAAUGAGUCCAUUCCCCUGCCAACAGUGUGGACAAGGUUUCAAUCAUAAAAUAAGUCUUAACAGGCACAUGAGAAUUCAUACUGGAGAAAAGCCUUACACAUGCCAUCAGUGUGGGGAGAGUUUUGCUCAUCAUGUAAAGCUUAAAAUUCACAUGAGAAUUCACCCUGGAAAGAAGCCUUACACAUGCCAUCAGUGUGGUGAGAGUUUUGCUCAUCAUGUAAACCUUAAAGUCCACAUGAAAAUACACAAUGGAGAGAGUCCCUUCACCUGCCAACACUGUGGAAAAUGUUUCAAUCAUAAGACAAAUCUUAAAAGGCACAUGAGAAUUCACACCGGAGAGAAGCCUUACUCAUGCCAACAGUGUGGGAAAAGAUUCACACAUAAAGGAAGCCUUAACUGGCACAUGGCUAUUCACUCUGAAGAAAAGUCACACACAUGCCCUCAGUGUGGAAAAAGUUUCCAUCAACAUGGAAACCUUAAAGCUCAUAUGCUGAUUCACACUGGGGAGACCCCUUUCACCUGCCAACAGUGUGGAAGAAGUUUCAAUCGUAAAGAAAGUCUUGACAGACAUGUACGAAUUCACACUGGAGAGAAGCCUUACACAUGCCAACAGUGUGGAAAAGGUUUCCAUCAGCGUGGAACCCUUACAGUCCACAUGAGAGUUCACACAGGGGAGACCCCUUUUACCUGCCAACAGUGUGGACAGUUUUUCAAUCGUAAGGAAAGCCUGAACAGGCACAUGAGUAUUCAUACUGGAGAAAAGCCUUACACAUGCCAACAAAGUGUGGAAGAAGUUUCACUCAAACAGGAAACUUUAACAGGUACACAAGAAUUCCCACCAGAUAAAAGCCUUACAUCUGCCAACAGUGUUUAGAGAGUUUUGCUCAACAUGGAAACCUUGAAACCCACAUGAAAAUUCACACUGAGGAGAGCCCUUUUACCUGCCAACACUGGAAAAAGUUUCAACAGAAAUGGACAUCAUAGGGUGUACUCACACUAUACACUCUGAACCGUGUCUGAGCAUGUUUGACCCCCAAAGCCUGGUUUGUUUGAUUAGUGUGAUUGCUCUAUACCGGGCACGGUUCGCUGAACUGUCCCUGACCCGCUUGGAAGAGGUGGGCCAGAGCAUGGUUCAGUUGGACUCAAGUGUGGUACACAUGCAGUGUGAAGCACAGAACAGCUACUACUCUUGUGUGUGUUACUGUCAUUGUUAUGUUGGCAAAUAUCUUUAUUACUACUUGGUUUUUAAACUAUUGACCGAUAGUGUGUGUAAAUGUGCUUUUAUCGUCGGAUACCGAUUAUUGGGUGAUAUAUCAGUGCAUCUCUAACAGUAAUGGUAAUGAGCUCACAAAAGAAUGACUGUACAUCUCUCUCUUUUUAUACAGAGAAUAUUUGUUUGUUUUGAAUUAGAUCAUUUAAAAUUAGAUACUUAAAUGUUUCUAUAGAUAUAUUGGUCAUGUCUGUUUUUUGUUUUGUUUUUUUCUUCAUUUUUGUGACAUGGAAUUGUAUGUGGACACAAAUAAAAGUGAUUCUUUACAGUUCCAAAUGAUGUAUUGCCUUUAUCUGUAUGACUAAAAUGACAAGAGUAUUUUAAGUCCCAAAGGGUAAAGUCUCUAGUAUCCGCUUAUUCCUGCAUUUUGUUCUUCUUUGGAUUUAACUACACAGCAUACAUAUAUAUAUAUGUAUAUAUAUAUAUAUAUGUUCUGAUUUUUUUUUUUUUUUUCACCAUUUAAUGAGAAAAGUGACAGCGACGGGUUGAAACCAUUCCUCUGAUGUUGGGCGAUAUAUAUUCUGUUGUAGCAAUCCUAAGACACUGAUCAAGAUGCACACUAGACAGUUUCUAUCUUCUAUUUUAUAUCUUGGUUCUUGAUGACGUUCAUUAUAGAAAACAAUAACUCACAGAUGUAAGUGGAUGGGAACAUUGAAAGAAGGAACAUUGCAAUAAUUCUGCUGUUCUUGAAUUUAGCUUGAGAAACCACUUUUGUCCAAAAGUCAUUCACACUGUCCUCCUUGUGUUGCUCUCUGAGCAAUUCAGACUGUCAUUUCCAAAAUGCAAAGAUGCUUCAUCUGAGGAUGAAACCAGGCAUUUGGCCUCAGCAAUCCAUUGCCCAUCUGCUGGGACUGAAAAUGGAUGUCUUAGGAAGAGAAGGAGUUCACUUGACAGGUUAAAGCUCUCAAAUCACUCCUUGAAAUUCUCUGCCAGUCUCGUCACAAAGUUGUGCAUUAAAGGGUCCUCUCGCAUCUGGUGCGAGAGGACCCUGGUUUCUUGCAAUGCUGAUACAAAUAUGGAAAGUGCAGCUUUCUCCCUUGAAGAUCACGCUCAAAAAGCAUCAACAGCUUCAUACAUGUCGGGAAUAGUGUGGUUCUUGCCUUGUAAAAAGGUUCAUUUUGAAGUUCAUAUUCUCUCUAGCACACGAGCCUUGCUCAGCCAUCAGACAUCGUGUCAUGCCAAAGAUCAUGCCGUUCUGCACACAUUUCCGUCAGCAAGGCUUUAAAAGGGCAAUGUUGCAGACCAGAACUCACGUGAAUACAGUUUACCAGCCUCAUCACAGUAUCCAUUAAGUCUUUAAUUUUUCCAGAUAAUUUGGCGCACAACACUGAUUUAUGAAUUAUGCAGUGAAAUGCUACAAGUUUUGGGUUGACAGCAGUCAGGCCUCAGUAAUGUCCAACCAUUGACAGAGCCCGGUCAAUGACAACUGACACAACUUUUCUUUAAUCCAAUCCAUUCUCUUCAAAGAAUUGCAUCAGUUCGUUAAAAAUGAUUUAUCCAUUUGCGCAUCCCUGCGUUGGUAAACAAAGCAGCUCUUCGCAGAAAACAUUCCAGUAAAAUUCUUAUUUUGGUCAUACUUCCAAAACUACAACCUCAUUCUACAAACUACUAACAACAUUUCUUUCAAAUUUCAAAAAUAUUGUUAUUUAGAGCAUUUAUUUGCAAAAAAUGACAACUGCUCAAAAUAACAAUUAAGAAAUAAAAAGAUGCCAUGUUUUCAGACAUUGAAUAACACAAAGAAAAUUACUAUAACUUCCACAGGGAACAAAUCAGUCAGUCGCAUUAUUGCUGUGCGACUUUAUGCCACUCCUGGCAAAACAAAUUCAAGCAGCUUGGCUUUAUUUAACAGCUUCUGGCCCUCUUGCUUAAAUUGCAAAGGUUUCAGUUGGGUUCAGUUGGGUUCAGUUGGGUUCUUGCAACUUUACAGUGAUAACAGGAAAACAAUUUUAGCUGCACAGCAACUCUAGAAGAAAAUGGUAUCAUUGACCAGCUUAAGUAAAUUCAGAGUUGAAUCACAUUUCACCUCACAAGAUACAGGGAACAUAUGACAAGAGACUCUAGAUCUGGGACACUGAAUCUGUGAGGUACCAAACCUUUUUACAGCCUCGAUGAGUGGUCUGCCUAUAAUUUAUGAGUAUGUAGUAACCCACUGCCAUAGAUAAAGAAAAUACAUUUACUAUAACUUCCAGCUGUAUCCAAAAUUGUAUAUCUUAAUCUCUUAAGACAGUACACUAUAUUGGGUAUCUGCUAGUGAGCAUGUAGAUCUAGUUUAAAAAAACACAAGUUCAAAGCCAGUUAAGGCAAACUGAUUAGUGAUGGAGAGAUGGCACACUAUUAUAAAGAUGGUGUUUAUUAAAAAGGAGAGUGAAAAUAUGAAGAUUGAAGAAACAUUUAGAGUGAAACAUCAAGAUAAUGAGGAACAAACAUGUUGGGUUUCUUUCAUUUGAUCCUUAAAUUGUCCUUAAAUCCUUGAUACUUAAAUUUAAAUGUCCAACUCUACAGAGAUUAAAGAUAUUUUUUGAAGAAUGUCAUAUAAGUGUCCUAAAUAAAGUGGUUUUAUUUGACCUGGAGCAGGUUGCCUCAUGUGGACAGACACAUUGAGAUCACAUGACCAGACAAAAGAUGUGUUCAACUUUAAGCUGUGUCACAUAGACUGAUCUGUCCAUGACAUUAAAGUACCGCAAGAGCAGAUGGUUCCAAAUGCUUUGUAAACACUCUCACGGUGUUUUGAUGUCAUAGACGCGUAUCACAUUUAUCAAAAUAGCUUUAUUGACCAUCAUCUGGCAUAUACAAAAAAACAAAACAUUUAAACUAAAUGUCAAUUAAAAUCCACAAAUGACCGAUCACUGCGAAGAUCCAAUGGAAAAUGGAAGAAGUGAAUUAACGGUGGCGUCAGACAACUGAGGAUAUUCAUCACACUCAACCAAAACAAAGGCAGAGAGCAAGAGCUAUAGAGGUUUCACAAUCUGGCAUUGCUCUUUUUAAAGGGUUAGUUCACCCAAAAAUGAUUUCCUUCCCUUCCUUAUCAUUUAUUACUCACCCUCAUGUUGUUCUACACCUGUAAGGCCUUCGUUCAUC